AUGACCAUUUCACCAAAUCAAGCAGAACAAGCAUACCUAGAUUUAUGUCAAAGAAUCAUAAAUGAAGGAGAACAUAGACCUGAUAGAACAGGUACUGGUACAUUAUCAUUAUUUGCACCACCACAAUUAAGAUUUGAUUUAUCAAAUGAAUCAUUUCCAUUAUUAACAACAAAAAGAGUAUUCUCAAAGGGAAUAAUACAUGAAUUAUUGUGGUUUAUUGCAGGAUCAACAGAUGCUAAAAUUUUAAGUGAUAAAGGUGUUAAAAUAUGGGAAGGGAAUGGACUGAGAGAAUUUUUAGACAAAUUAGGUCUAGUUGAUAGAAGAGAAGGUGAUUUGGGCCCAGUUUAUGGGUUUCAAUGGAGACAUUUUGGUGCAGAAUAUAAAGAUUGUGAUACAAAUUAUCAAGGUCAAGGUUAUGAUCAAUUACAAGAUGUUAUUAAAAAAUUAAAAACUAAUCCUUAUGAUAGAAGAAUUAUAAUGUCAGCAUGGAAUCCACCAGAUUUUCCUAAAAUGGCACUACCACCAUGUCAUGUAUUUUGUCAAUUUUAUGUAAAUUUUCCAAAGUCAAAUACGGAAUCAAAUGUAAAGCCAAAAUUAUCAUGUUUAUUAUAUCAAAGAUCUUGUGAUAUGGGAUUGGGAGUUCCUUUUAAUAUUGCAUCAUACGCCUUAUUAACAAAAAUGAUUGCUCAUAUAGUUGAUAUGGAUUGUGGAGAAUUCAUACAUACAAUGGGUGAUGCACAUAUAUAUUUAGAUCAUGUUGAUGCAUUAAAAGAACAAUUUGAAAGAAUUCCAAAGAAUUUCCCAAAAUUAUAUAUAAAGGAAGAAAGAAAAGAAGAGAUAACGAGUAUUGAUGAUUUUAAAUUUGAAGAUUUUGAAAUCUCAGGGUAUGAACCUUACCCAUCAAUUAAAAUGAAAAUGAGUAUAUAG